AUGGAAGCUUCAAUACGUUACAUGCAGGAUGUGAGGUGCAAACCAACUAAUGGGCAUCAAAAUGCUAGUAUGGCCAGAGUUGCUGCAGUUUUUCAGGCUGCUCCUGCAUCAGAGGAUCAGUAUAGAAUGAGACGGAGCUCCGGGCUUAGCAACAUGACUCUAGCUACUGAAGGAAUAUGGAAUUCUUCUAGUGGGCAGCUUUGCAUGGUUGGUUGUCUUGGCAUAGUAGAUGUAGAAGGGAGUAGCUUAUUGAUGAAAGUAAUAAGGUGUACUUCCCUUUAUCAUUUGAAAGUUCCUGAUCAGUUUCCAAAUUCUCAUCCCCCAAGAGUAGAUAUUCAGAUGGAUAUUUUUACACUUGGUCCAUUGCUUGGGCGCUAUUGGCACUCAAGAAAUCCAACCACCAGAGAAGAAGACACACCUUAUCACAUUAAAGCUAAGCACACUGAAAAACAGCUCCUUUUGAAUGUAUCAGCUCAACUAACAACUAUCAGAAAAGAUGAUAGCAAUUUUUCUGUUCUUUUUCCAGAGGGUCUUUAUGAUCCACAUUUUGGACGGAUGGAUCUUGUUGGCUGCAGGGAUGUCCCGGCCUCGUGGAAGAUCUUAGUUCAGACCAUGGAUCUUGAAUCCGGGUUGGAUUGCUUGACAGAAGUCAUAGUGUCAUACUCGUACCCUCCCACUACAGCUCUGUGGCUGGUCAAUCCAACUCUGAGAAUUUCAAUAGCCGGCCAGAGAAAUGAAGAUGACCCACUAUAUUUUGGAAUGAAUAAGCUUCAAACUCUUCCAAUUAUGUACAGAAAGCAGAGGGAAGAGAUUCUCUCUCGCCGGGUGUUGAUGGAAUCCGCUGUAUUUUGACUCUUUCAUUAGCAAUUGCUUGCAUU